AUGAAGUCGGCAGCGAAACAAACCGACCUCAGUAGCAUGUGGACAAAGAAGAAAUCCCAGCCCAAACAAGAGUCUAACGAGAUGGACAUAGAAAAGGAGGAGAAACCAAUAGCAGGUGGAUCCAGCAAGACGAAGCGACAAUCGCCUGCGUCUGAUUCCGACGAAGACAUGGAAGAUGCGGUCGCUCGUCCCGCUACAAAGAAACGCCGCGUUGUUUCGUCCGACGAGGAAGACGAGAUUCCGAUCACUAAAGCCAGUACAUCGAAAAAAUCAACCGCAAAAUCUAAAAUUCCCGAGACCAAAUCAAAGAAGGUCAAGGCAAAAUUGCCAAAGGCUCCCAAGAGCGUCAGCAGCCGUGCCUCCUCAGUACCUGCCUCAGAUGUGGAUAAUAGCGUGAUCAACGAGGCGAGCAGUCCCGUAGCAGAUGUGGAUCCUGGAGAGGAGGAGCUUUCAGAUGCACAUUCAGAGGAGGCCGCAGUGGCUUCCAAGGCUGCUGAGCAACUUCUCAAGAAUCAAUUUACUGUCGACUUUAAAGGCGCAUGGCCAGAGGGUGAACCGGCGCCUUAUGCCUUAAUUACGCAAGCAUUUUCUUUAAUUGAAGGGACAACAAAACGAAUUGAGAAGACUUCCUACCUUACCUCACUCUUAUUCACCGUGAUCAGCAGAAGUCGGCAGAAGGAUGGAAGGGAACCUGAUAUUGACUCGGUGCUGCAGACCGUAUACCUAUGCAUCAAUCGGCUGAGCCCUGACUAUAUCGGGAUUGAGUUGGGAAUAGGAGAAAGCUUGUUAAUCAAGGCUAUCAGCGAGUCAACGGGCCGUAGUGCACAAGUCAUCAAGACAGAGCUCAAAAAGGAAGGGGAUCUGGGACUGGUGGCUAUGAAUUCCAAAGCCAGCCAGAAGACUAUCUUCAAACCCAAGCCUUUGACGGUUCCUACAGUGUUUGCACGGCUGAAGGAGAUUGCACUUACCAGCGGCGUCCAAUCACAAGCAAAGAAAACGGGAAUUAUCACCAAACUCCUCGCUGCAUGCCAAACCACCAUUGCCGGAAGCACUUCGUCCGAAGCCAAAUUCAUUAUCCGCUCGUUGGAGGGAAAGUUGCGCAUUGGCCUCGCUGAGCGCACAGUAAUCGUGGCUCUGGCUCAUGCUGCCGUGCUGGACGAGAAAGAGCGACGCAACAAAAACUGGUCCAAAGAAAGGCUCUCGUCGAAACUGGAAGAAGCAACUGGAAUUUUGAAGCAGGUAUAUAGUGAGAUUCCAUCUUACGACCUCGUCAUCCCAGCGUUACUCAAGUAUGGAAUAUGGGACCUGCGAGCGCAUUGCAAACUCACUCCCGGUAUUCCGCUAAAGCCCAUGCUCGCAAAACCAACGAAAGCGAUUGGCGAAGUCCUCGACAGAUUUGAAGGAAAGAAGUUCACCUGCGAAUACAAAUAUGAUGGCGAACGUGCCCAAGUACAUCGUUUGGAGGACGGUACAGUCGCAGUCUUUAGCCGAAACUCUGAGGACAUGAGCAAGAAAUAUCCAGACCUCAUGGAGUCGCUGCCUCGAUGUAUCAAGGAUAAUACAAAGUCGUUUGUAUUCGAUGCCGAGGCGGUGGCAAUUGACAAGAAUACGGGGAAGCUGAUGCCGUUUCAAGAGUUGAGUAAACGCAAACGGAAGGACGUCAAGGUUGAAGAUAUUGCCGUGCGGGUCUGCCUCUUUGCAUUCGACCUGCUCUACCUUAACGGAGAGCCUCUCUUGCACAAGUCUCUGGAGGAGCGACGAGCCCUGUUACGAGAGCAUUUUGUGCCUGUGCCACUCGAGUUUGACUUUGCUAAGUCUUCAGAUGGGGAUACGACGGAGCAGAUUCAAACUUUCCUCGAAGAGAGUGUCAAGGAUGGUUGUGAGGGCUUGAUGGUGAAAAUGUUGCAAUCCGAUGAGAGCUUCUACGAGCCCAGCCGUCGGUCCGUCAACUGGCUAAAGUUGAAAAAGGAUUACCUCGCAGGAGUUGGCGACUCGCUCGACUUGGUAGUUGUCGGUGGAUAUCACGGCAAAGGCAAACGCACAGCGGUUUAUGGUGCCUUUUUACUGGCUUGCUACGACGCGGACAACGAGGAGUGGCAAACAAUUUGCAAGAUAGGCACCGGCUUCUCUGAUGAAGCUCUGCAAGAACACGCCAAAACUCUCAAGGAACUUGAGAUCAGCGCACUCAGGGGUGAUAUCAAGGCAGGAGGUGCAAAGCCUGAUGUGUGGUUCGAGCCGAAGGUCGUCUGGGAGGUGCUCGCAGCUGAUCUCAGCUUGAGCCCAAUUUACACUGCUGCACAAGGCUUGGUUGAACAGCGUGGCAUCUCUUUACGCUUCCCCCGCUUCAUACGCGUGCGGGAUGACAAGAGCGCAGACGAUGCAACGGGCCCGGAGCAGAUCGCGGAAAUGUACCAACGACAGGCGCUUGCUCAGAGCAAGGGUAAGAAAGGCAAGGGUGACGCGGAUGACGAUUUUUGGUAG